AUGACUCGGCCUGCUGGCUGUACGUUGGCACCUGCACGGAGUGGAGCUGAGGCCGGAGUCCGUCGCUGGUGGAGGAGCCGAGGAGGAGGCGCUCGGGCUGCACGAGAGGCGCAGCGGCUGACAGACGGCGCCGGGAGGAGAUCUGGGGGUGGCGCCGGGAAGCGGCGCUGGCCGGUGUCGGAAGGCGAAGACGCAGGAGGCGCGAGCUGCCGGAGGAGCUGCGGAGGCGAGGGCCGGGGACGAGGCGCCGGGAGCGGAGUGGCGGUGGACGCUGCGGGCUCCAGGGGAUUCGCCGGCGGCGGCGCGGUACUCUGCGUGCCAGACGGAGUACAAACACGCAGGGGCUGA